AAUGAAGCGCUUGAAGACUUCCCCACCCGCGGAUCCAUCUUCGCCGUCGUCCACGACGCUCACCAUGUCCCAGACACCGAUAUUCGUGACACCGCGCCUGAAAGGCAGUCCGGGCGACAGCGCAGAUCUUAAAUAUCACGGCCGCUCAGUAGCGGACGUCAUACGAACGUGUUUUGGUCUCAAAUAUAUGCUGAAAGUGAUCCUGGAUUCCAUGGAGGGAAACUGGCUAACCAACGACGGAAACACGAUUCUACGCGAGAUAGACGUCGCCCAUGCAACCGCGAAGAACACGAUUGAGCUCAGCCGGACGCAGGACGAGGAGUGUGGCGACGGGACAACGGGUGUUAUCACUCUGGCCUACAACCAAGCCCUCAAAGAGGCCCUCGAGAUCGUCAAACGCAUCUCGAUACCCAUCGACGUCAACGACGAUACGCAUAUGCUCUCGCCGAUCAAGACCCCCGUCGGGACCAAGUUGGACGUCGAUGGCCUCAAGACUGUCGAUAUCAAGCGUUAUGCGCGGGUGGAGAAGAUUCCUGAUCGUACCGCUGGAUUGUCCGCCGGGGAGAUCGAGGAGGAGCAGGUGAAGGAGCUGUGUUACAAGAUCCUCGAAUCCAAACCCGAUUUCGUCAUCACCGAGAGGGGCCUCCCAGACCUAGCGCGGCACGUCUUCACGCAAUACAACAUCUCUACGAUUCGUCGCGUCCGGAAGUCGGACAACAACUACAUCGCUCUCGCCGUCGGCGCGACCAUUGUCAACCGGGUCGAAGAUCUGAGGGAAGCGGGUGUUGGAGCGGAAUGCAGGCCUUUCUAUCUCAAGAAGCCCUUACUUCAUAUUCAUCCUCGACGACGACUAACACCCUCUCCCACAGAUCCUUCAGCUUCCUCACCGAAUGCACUUUGCCCGAAGCCUGUACCACCCUCCUCCGCGGGCCCUCAAAAGACAUCCUCAACGAGAUCAGCCGGAUCCUCGCAGACGCCAGGGGCGUGGGCUGCACGCGGAGGCGCGGUGUCGCAGGGGCAGGGCGUGGAUGCAUGGUCAUUUAGGGUGAUGGUGGACGCGAUGGAGGUGAUCCCGCCGACGUUGGUUCAGAACGCGGGUGGGGCAGAGAUGAGGGAAUUGACCGAGCUGAAGACCUCCAGCCUAUAUGAACCUGCCGGCGUCAAGAUUCAGACACUCAAAACCGCCAUCGAGCACUUCGUCAUCAUCCUGAUCUCCGCCAUCCACAUCCACUCUUCUGUCCCUGUCCCUAUUCCUUCACAUAUACCGCUCCGUAUUCCGUACCCCAUACCCCAUAAAAUAUG